GCGUCGUCUGGGGCUGACGAGGACGAUGACGAGGACGAUGACGAGGAUUCUGAAGGUGAUCUGGAGGGCGAGUUGGAAGGACUUGGCGCAGAGAUGGCGGUGGCGGCGGGGGAUGGCGCGUCGUGGGUCCUACCCGGCCGCCGGCCCAGUCCCAGCGGCGAGGUACACGGGAGCGACGCCGGCAGCAGCAGCGGCGGCGGAGCUGGGGGUGCGGGCGGGAGCGAGGGCGAGAGCGGCGGCCGCGGCGGCGGCGGCGGCGGCGGCGGCGCUCGCGGUAAGGGCGGGGGCGCCCGUGUCAGCAGCAGCUCUGUUGUGUCCUCGUCGUGCGCAUCCACAGCCGGGGCCGCGACCCUGGACUCUGGCGCAGGGACGUGA